GAUUAGUCAGUUGCCCAGUGGAGCAGUUGCAACUGCGUUGCAUUCGCUGGCAUCGUUUUUAGCCUGGAAUCGGAACACGUACGUCGGAGUAAAUAUAUAUAAUUAACAUCGCGAUGGCGCUGGAGGCGCUCGUCACGGCUUUGGCUUGCCUCAGCACCACCACAAAUGCCACGAGCAACUUGCCAGGAAAACACUUUUCCGUGAUAAUGAGAAACUCGGCGGAGCCCUAUUUGCUGGCUGAAAAUGGCACUGCCGCCAGUUGUCCAGUAAGCACUUUGGCUGGCCUAGCAGCACGUGUACAAUCCAUGACAGAUGAGCUGCAGACUCUAAAGACAGAGCUUAACGAGCUACAGGGGCUCAUUGAGGAGUAUAAAAAUCAGGGCACCGGCAUACCCAUUGCAACCAGAUUACUUCGUCCAUUGCCAGCCAGCGUGCAGAGCUUUCCGCUGGCGCUGGCCACGCCCACCGACGAUACGCCCCGCAAUUGCCACGACGAGAAGCACGGUCAGGUGAGGAUCCGGAUUGCUCCAGAUGCGGAACCCUUCUUCGCGAGCUGCGACCAGAAGGUGAGAGGCGGCGGCUGGAUGGUGAUCGCCUAUCGGUUCGAUGGCAGCGAGGAUUUCAAUAAGGAUUGGCAGAACUACAAGUCCGGUUUUGGGGCACUAAACUCGGAGUUCUUCAUCGGUUUGGACAAGCUGCAUAGCCUAACCAACAGUGAGCACCACGAGUUGCUCAUUAUAAUGAAAAAGAAGAGUGGCGAGGAGCGUUUCGCGCUGUACGAUCACUUCAGUAUUGGCAGCGAAUCGGAGAAGUAUCUGCUAUACGUACUUGGUGCCUAUAAGGGAGAUGCUGGGGAUUCGUUGCGCUAUCAUGCGGGCAAGAAGUUCACCACCUUCGAUCAGGAUAACGACGACAAUGGACAGAACUGCGCCAGGACACACGCUGGAGCCUGGUGGUAUGGCAGGGAGUGCUUCGAGAGCAACUUGUUUGGCACAUUCCAGUCGAAGUACGGCCAGGAGAUUGGCUACUUCAAGGGCAUCCUGUGGAAGACCUUCCUGCCAGGACCCACUGGCUCGCUCAGCUACGUUCGCAUGCUCAUUCGUCCGCUGAAGAAGCGGUAGAAUGUACAGUAGAUCAAUCACAAAGACUCCUCAGGCAUAGAAUACAAUAAAUGUCGAUUAUUUAAUAA